ACUUUAUUCUGUACUUUUUGGGGGCAUCCAAAUAUUCGGACAACCCACCCUAUAUACUCAUCCCGCGUGCAACUGUGGCUAGAGAGCGACGUGGCAAAGACAAUGAGGCACAGCGCCCUCAUUGGCAGCGCAUUGCGCGUCAAUGGCCUCCAGUUGCCCCGGCACCGUGCUCAACCAAGGGCAAUCCUUCACUCCCUCUCCCACGAGCUGUCAAGGACAUAUCAGCGAGCCUCCAGACGACCCUACCCCUCGGCCUCGCCCAAUUCCGGACGACAACAGCCCCCCACCACAACCACAAGCAGCAUCACCACCGCCCCAACCCACGACCUCGCCCCCUCGGCCGCCAACCCUCCACCGACCACCCGCCCCCCACCUCUCGACCUCCCUCCAGGACCUCCCGACGCCCCGAAACUCUCCCAGCCCUACUUCUCCUACCUCCUCGCCCUCGGCAAAGCCUACCUGAGAUUCUACAAAAUAGGCAUGAAACACAUUUGGACUAACACCCGCCUCCUGUACUCCACCACCUCGACCAACUCCGACUUACUCGCCGCCCGCCCGGCCCCCUCGACCCGCGCACACCUGCAGCUUCGCGAGCGCGUGCAGCACGACCUGCGCCGGCUCCCCCUUUUUGCGGCCAUGCUGAUCGUCUGCGGCGAGUUCACGCCCCUGGUCGUCCUCGCUCUACCCGGCGCCGUGCCGCUGCCGUGCCGGAUCCCGAGGCAAGUGGAAAAAUUGCUUGCAAAGGUUGAGGCGAGGAGGGCAGAGGGGAGGGAGGAGUUGAGUGGUUUUGCUGGAACCUUGGAUCGGGAGGUUGCGGGGGCGUUACGGGCGACGACGGGACCGAUGGCUAAGGUUCUUGGCUUGUCUGCGCCGGGGUGGAUGCCGAAGCCCGUGUUGGGGAGGAUGGUGGACAAGAGGUUGGGGUUUUUGGCUGAGGAUGAUGCGCUGCUGGUUCAGGCCGGCGGGGCGGCUGCGUUGUUGCCUGAGGAGGUGCGGCUGGCGUGCGCGGAUCGAGGGAUUAAUGUGCUGGGACGGGGGGAUGACGAGUUAAGGGGGGUGUUGGGGAGGUGGUUGAGGUUGACGGAUGCGAGGCGCUUAGGGGAGGAUGGAAGAAGAAUGGCUGUUAUGGUCUUGCUGGGGAUAGACGACAGCAAGUGGGACAACAGUUGGGAGCGCGAGUUCCCCAGGCUCAAAGACUAAGGGUAUUCAAGGGGGUUCUAGAAGAUGAUGUAAGUUUGCUGUACUAUAUAUUGGUCCCCCAAAAUUCUGGAAAGAUGAACAUCCGAGAGAGAGGACACUCCACCAUCUAAAAAACAAUAGACGCUGUAUCUACUCGCGC